CUCUCACCUCCACCCUGCUUGAAGCCUCCAAAUCUGCCGUGUCAUUCGAACUAAACGUAUUUGUUUGAGCAGGAUGGCUAACGCGCAAGCAAAGCAAAUUCCGUUUUCCUUCUUAGUUUCUUUGCUGCACGAAAUCGCCAAUCUUCCAGCACAUAAUACAUCACUCCGGGUCAACAAACAGUCUUCUGUUAACCGUUCUCCCGCCCACAUUCUCAGACUAUGGGUCGAAGCCCUCAAGAAGAACUAUUCACCUUUACCUCGGGAUACCACUACACACGUUCUCCGUCUUCUAUUUCCUGAAGAAGACUCACACAGGAAGUAUGACCUGCAAGAAGCAAGGUUAUCGCAGCUUCUACCGGAAUGCCUUGAUACCUCCACCUUUCCGCCUAUCUCUACCACUCGCUUGAAACAGUGGAGUAAGCAACAGAACUCGGGAUGCCUUGGCCAGGAAAUUCUCGCUUUACAAUCAUCAGAUGCUGAGCCAUCUAUCGGCCCAAAUAGUCUCCAGGGUAUCAACGUAUUGUUGGAUGAACUGGCCUCUACCUCCGCAUUUUCUGACAAGACUCUCCACGUGGCUCAUUCUCUGUCGCCACAACGGUCUAAACAUGCUAUCCUGCGGUCUUUAUUUGAAUCUCUUCCUGCUCUCGAUGCUGCUUAUCUCACGCAGAUCAUUCUGAAAGAUCUGAGACCCAUUUUAUACGCUCCCCCUGUCGCGUCUACCAGUCGUGCUCUCCUUGAAUACAAUACGAACAGCAAAUCGGUGUUGACGAAGGAGCAGUUCAUGAAGAUUUGGGACCCAAGUGGCUCCAUGUUGAAAAUGUACAGAGCGCGUGCUAACAUGACCGAAGCGGCCCUGUGCUUUGAGGCUGGAGGUGCGAUUUUGCACCCGAGGCCGCGCUGGGGUGUUCCAGUUGAGAUACCGAAAUCUGCAAAGGGCCGGAGCCCGCUGCAUGCACUUAAUGUUCUUAGGCUCAGCAACGCUAUCUGGGCAGAAACCAAGUAUGAUGGCGAGCGUGCACAGAUUCAUGUCCGAUUUAGCGGCCAAGGUGAUCCACAAAUUACAAUUUUCAGUAAGAGUAAGAGGGACUCGACGAUGGACCGUAUUGCGGUACACCCCAUAAUCAUGGAGGCCCUUGCUGGCUAUAGUAUGGGAGACAUCAUACUUGAUGCGGAGAUGGUUGCGUAUUCUGAUGAGCGGCACAGAAUAGAAGAGUUUUGGCAUAUACGUAGCUUAAUAGCGCGCACUGCUGAGGGUGCCCGGGCAGGCGGAUAUCGAAGGGGCGAAAUCAAGCAUGAUUCGUACACACAAGACUCUUGCCCUUCACUCCAUUCGAAUGCGUCGUCAACGGCGUCUACCUUGCAUCUCGCACUCGUUUUCUUUGAUGUCUUGCAGGUGGGCGCAGCCUCCAUGUUGAACGCACCAUACUAUAUGCGCCGGUCACUACUUGAGAGUAUUAUCACCCCAGUUCCAGGGCGUUCGAUGUUGGCUGAGCGAGCAGUUAUCGUAGAUGGGCAAGAGCAAGAGCCCGAAGGGCAAAAAAGAUUGAGGGAAAUAUGGGCCAAGCGUAUUACGGAAUGUGAGGAAGGGCUAGUACUCAAGGCUUCAGACAGCACCUAUGGAGACUGGAAACUCCCUUGGGUCAAGCUGAAAAAGGAUUAUGUCCCUGGGUAUGGUGAUACUAUUGACCUCGUCGUAGUUGCCGCUGCUUGGGAGAAAGACAGAGCUAGAGAACUGAGAUUGUCACCAUCAACCCUGACUACUUUCUACAUCGCCGUCCUAAGCAACUCGGAGCAAAUGAACAUCGAUCCCGGUUGCAAACCUCACUUUGUUGCAUACUUCACUGCUUCAUAUGGUUUAACCCGCGAGCAGCUUGAGGAAUUCAAUUUUUGGAUACGUGCAGACGCGGUUGAUGGGCCCAAGCCGCCUAUUGAUGAAUUGUGCUACACGUACGCUAUGCUCCAAACGCUACCAAGGCCAUCUGUGUUUGUUCGGAAGCCGAUUCUAGUAGAGUUGUGUGGUGCGGGCUUCACCAAGGCGCUGCAGAGCAAGUACUACGAGCUCCGCUUUCCACGCAUCACGAAGACCUUCCGUCCAUCUGAGAGGUCCUAUAUGGAAUGCAUCACCCUCCGUGGACUGCAGACUAUAGCUUUUGAGGCAGUUGGACGAGAGGCCCAUGAUGCCGCGAAGUACAAGGACCUGGAUGACUGGGGAAAAGGCCUGUGGGGGAAGCUGGGAAAUGAUACUGCUGAGAAGCAAAGAAGGGAGCUCAAAAGACAACGGUCCAUUGUAUACUGGGAAGAGAAGCUGGAGAGCAUUGAUCGUGUGAGGAGUGGAAAGAGAAGGAAGGUAGACCUGGAGAUGUCCCCAUAGGUGGUUCAUGUGCUGAACAGAUGCAUUACUCACGGUGAUAAUAUAUAAUCUUAUGCACGGAUGGCUUAACUAACAUCCUUUCGAUUCCCUGUUAGCAAGGACCAUCUUGCCGAGGGUCACUUGUGAUGAUUUGGGUAGACUAAUGGUGGCUUAUGCUGCCGCUGAAGCGAGUGUUCUUGGACUUGAACACUUACCAUCACUCCUCAUCGACUCUG